GUUUAUUCGUUUGCAUUCAUGUUUAAGAAAAUCUUGCAAUUUAUCCCAAUUGUAUAAUAAACAGUAACCCUUGGUUAAUGGAAAAUUGUUUCUUGAUUUUAAAAUUGGUUAUCUUGUAUUUAUGUGGUGAAGAGGGCAUGCAAUGAAAAAUUGGAACACUGGCCCUCAAAAGUUGAGUCCGUCGAAAACAUUCAAACACGCAGAUACAGGUAAUUUCAUUUCACCCAUCCUAAUAAUUUCGAUGAAAUGGUAGGUUUUGGUUUGAUGCAGCGUGUGGGUGUGGUCUUGACACCGUGCCAUGGACAACUCAAACCUAGAACUUGUGAAUUUAGGGUAAGAAUCCGAUGUUCCUCCAACGUUUAUGUGUCUAGAAAGAAAGUGCUGGAGAAAGUGGACGAGGAGCUAGCAAAGGGAGAUGACAGAGCAGCACUGGCACUUGUGAAGGAUUUGCAGGGUAAGCCUGGUGGGCUUCGAUGUUUCGGUGCAGCCAGACAGGUGCCUCAAAGGCUUUACACCUUGGAUGAAUUAAAGCUAAAUGGAAUUGAAACUUUGUCUCUUCUGUCGCCUGUGGACACGACUCUUGGUUCAAUAGAAAGAAAUCUUCAGAUUGCUGCUAUUCUAGGAGGUGGUGCUGCAUGGAAUGCCUUUGGAAUUUCCCCACAACAAAUCUUCUAUAUAUCACUGGGGUUGCUAUUUCUAUGGACACUAGACGCGGUAUCUUUUGGUGGAGGUAUUGGUGGCUUGGUUGUUGAUACAAUUGGUCACACUUUCAGUCAGAAAUACCACAAUAGGGUUAUUCAACAUGAAGCUGGCCACUUUUUAAUUGCUUAUCUGAUUGGAAUACUUCCUAAGGGAUAUUCUAUUUCUAGUUUGGAUGCUCUGCAGAAGGAGGGAUCUCUGAAUAUUCAAGCAGGCACAGCCUUUGUGGAUUUUGAGUUUCAAGAAGAAGUUAAUACAGGAAAAGUAUCAGCUACAACAUUGAACAGAUUUUCAUGUAUAGCAUUGGCUGGGGUGUCUACGGAGUAUCUUAUAUAUGGAUUUGCUGAAGGAGGUCUCGAUGACAUAAGAAAGUUGGAUUUACUGCUCAAGGGACUAGGCUUCACACAGAAGAAAGCAGAUUCUCAAGUUAGAUGGUCUUUGCUAAACACGGUCUUGCUCUUGAGGAGGCAUGAAGCUGCUCGAGCUAAGGUUGCUGAGGCCUUGUCAAUGGGAAAAUCUGUAGGAACUUGCAUUGACAUUAUAGAGAGUUCUAUCGAUGAUUCAGAUCUUUGAUCGAAGCUUUUGAUUAUUCCCUUCUAUAUGUUGAUUGAUAUUUGAACUCAACAAUGUUUCAAAUGUCACUCUGCUCAGUUGCAACUUGAUCUCAGUGUCCUAACUGAUAGUUGAUGAGAAUUGUACAAUUUGAUUCACUAGUUUUUUUUU